UCACUGCAUCACAUUCGGUGUUCAACUAAUUUCUGAUUGCAAGAACAACAAACAAACUUCUCUCCUUCGUAAUCGUAAUCAUUUUUUGUUUUCUCAGCAAUUUGACGUCUCUUCCUCACUCACACGGUGGUUCUGAUGUGGUUGUGCAUGUGCCGUUGAGGUGCUUUUUUUCUUCAGUUGUGAAAUUCGCCACUCUCGUUGAUUUUCAGCCAUGACGGACCUUCAUCAAUUCAAUAACAUCACUCUCGGAGGCCGUGGAGGCACCAAUCCGGGACAGAUGAAAUUAUACUCUGGUGGAAUAGUAUGGAAGAGACAGGGCGGUGGUAAAUUAAUUGAAGUUGAUAAAUCUGAUAUAGAGGGGGUAACAUGGAUGAAGGUUCCAAAGACUAACCAACUUGGUGUUCAAAUUAAAGAUGGGUUGUACUACAAGUUCACUGGAUUUCGUGAUCAGGAUGUUGUAAGUUUGACCAAUUUUUUCCAGAGCACUUGUGGAAUAACAGUGCGCGAGAAGCAGCUUUCUGUUAGCGGACGAAAUUGGGGAGAAGUUGAUCUGAAUGGAAAUAUGUUGGCUUUCAUGGUUGGUUCAAAGCAAGCUUUUGAGGUGUCGCUAGCAGAUGUCUCUCAAACUCAGCUUCAAGGGAAGAAUGAUGUGAUCUUGGAGUUUCACGUGGAUGACACAACUGGAGCUAAUGAGAAAGAUUCACUGAUGGAGAUAAGUUUCCAUAUACCAAGUUCCAACACCCAGUUUGUUGGUGAUGAAAAAACUCCUCCUGCUGAAGUUUUCCGCAGCAGAAUAAUGUCUAUGGCUGAUGUUGGCGCUGGAGGUGAAGAUGCUGUUGUUACAUUUGAGAGUAUUGCGAUCCUUACACCAAGAGGACGAUACAUUGUUGAGUUACACAUGUCAUUCUUGCGGCUUCAGGGACAGGCUAAUGAUUUCAAAAUCCAAUAUAGCAGUGUGGUUCGCCUAUUUUUACUUCCUAAGUCUAAUCAACCACAUACCUUUGUCAUUAUUAGUCUUGACCCCCCUAUUCGGAAGGGACAAACUUUGUAUCCUCAUAUUGUGAUGCAGUUUGAAUCCGAUUAUGUUGUCCAAAGUGAAUUGGCGAUGAAUGAAGAUCUUUAUAACACAAAGUACAAGGACAAGUUAGAGCUGUCUUACAAGGGGCUUAUUCAUGAAGUGUUCACUACAAUAUUACGUGGCUUGUCUGGUGCCAAAGUGACUAAGCCUGGGAAAUUUAGGAGUUGUCAGGAUGGUUAUGCUGUGAAAUCAUCUCUGAAAGCUGAAGAUGGAAUUCUGUAUCCCCUUGAGAAGAGCUUCUUCUUUCUACCUAAGCCUCCUACUCUUAUUCUUCAUGAAGAGAUUGACUAUGUGGAAUUUGAGAGGCAUGCUGCCGGUGGUUCCAAUAUGCAUUACUUUGACCUUCUUAUCAGACUAAAAUCUGAACAAGAACAUCUCUUCCGUAAUAUCCAGAGAAAUGAGUACCAUAAUUUGUAUGAAUUUAUUAGUUCAAAGGGCUUGAAAAUUAUGAACUUAGGAGAUGGCCAGCCUACUGCUGGUAUAAAGAAGGUUCUGGAGAAUGACGACGAUGAUGCUGUUGAUCCACAUCUUGAGCGAAUAAAAAAUGCAGCUGGUGACGAUGAAAGUGAUGAGGAGGAUUCAGAUUUUGUUGCUGACAAGGAUGAUGAAGGUUCUCCUACUGAUGAUUCUGGGGGAGACGAUUCUGAUGCCAGUAAAAGUGGCGAGGAGAAAGAGAAGCCUGCCAAGAAGGAAAUAAAGAAGGACCUGCCUUCUAAGGCAUCUACUUCUAAAAAGAAACCAAAAGAUGACGAAGAUGGAAAAAAGAAAAAACAGAAGAAGAAAAAAGACCCAAAUGCACCCAAGAGGGCAAUGUCCGGUUUCAUGUUCUUUUCUAAAUUGGAAAGAGAGAAUCUCAAGAAAACAAACCCUGGAAUCUCAUUUACGGAUGUGGGAAGAGUGCUCGGAGAGAAAUGGAAAAAAAUGUCAGCGGAAGAGAAGGAACCAUACGAGGCAAAAGCACGUGAAGAUAAACAACGUUACAAGGAUGAAAUUAGCGACUACAAGAAUACCCAACCCAUGAAUAUUGAUUCAGCAAAUGUAACUGACAGUGCCUAAGGCUGGUUCAAUAUUUAAAAAAAAAAAAUCCUCACUUUAUAUAUGAAUGCAAUUGUCUUUUGAAACUUACCGUCAUAGACAAGCAAGCCAAUGUAAGUCAUGCUACAUGUAUUUUUUCCUGGAGAUGACAUCAACUCGUGAAUUUUGUAAACUGAUACAAUACAAGUAAUGUUCUUUGAAUUGGCUUCAUAACUUGUGAAGGUGACUGGAAUUUUCUCAGAAUUUUGUGCUUUUGAGGGUUUGCAUGGCUUUAGGAAAGACAGGGGAAGGAUGACCUUGCUACGUUCACCAGGUUCUUGUGUCUUUCUUUCGUUGUUCUUGAAAUGAUCAUUAAUAGAAAAUGUUCAUGUUACUUAGUAAAUGAUACGAUUGUAGAGAAAUGGUUGUAGCAGUAGCAGUAUAUUAUUAUACCUUUUUCUUCUUCACCUCGGAUCCUACUCAACCAAGCCACCAACAUUGAACUA